GGGCCCCCGUUUCCUCCGGGGCCCAUAAAGCGGGUGCAGGUCCCCAGGACGGCGGGUGACACGGCGGGUGACACGCCGGGGGUGGCCCAUGGGGGACGGCGUCUUCGCCCUGGCGGGGCCCUGGCCACCGUUACCCCCCCCCCAGGGCACCCACGGGUGCUGCCACCCGCCCCGUCCCGGCGUGGCGGCGGCGGCGAGUCCGGGGGGGGGGCUUGGGGACGCUGGGUGUUGGGGACACUGGUGGCCCUGGCGCUGGUGGCGGUGGCGGUGCAGGGCUGGGUGCUGGCGGGGGUCCGGGGGGAGCUGCAGAGGGUGACAGCGCGGCUGCAGGCGAGUGGGGACCGGCCGCUGUCGGAGAAGGUGCAGCAAGAUCGCCCCCCAACUAAGAAGCCAGCAGCUCAUCUGAUAGCCGGCGCCGACGUCUCAUCCCAACCCAACGGGUCCCUUCGGUGGGAACCCGGCAAAUCGUGGGCCUUCAUCCGAGGUCUGGGCUACCGCGGCGGCUCCCUCGUUUGCCGUCAGCCCGGUCUCUACUUCGUCUACGCCAAGGUGCAGCUGGGCGCUCCCGGGUGCCCGACGCGUGCCGCCACCCUCCACGGCAUCCACAAACGAACGCCCCGUUAUCCCGGUGUCCUCGAUCUCCUGGUGAAUAAGGUGGUUUAUUGCCCCCAAGCCCACGGGGUCCCCUGGGCCCGGCACAGCUUUUUGGGGGGACUCGUGCGCCUCGAAACGGGGGAUGAGGUCUUCACCCGGGUGCAGGCACCCGAGUUGGUGCGGGCGGUGGAUGGCACCCGUUCUUAUUUUGGGAUGUUUAUGGUGUAAAUUGGGGUGCGGGGGGGUGUAUUGGAGGUCUGGUGGGACCUUGGUUGUCACCCCCGGCGUUCCUGAGGUGUGGGGGGGGGGCGGUGGGUGGGUGAGGGAUUCUCCAGUGGCUCGUAUAGGGUUGGGCAUGGGGUGUCAGUGGGCUGAUACCCCAAAACCUGACCCAUCUGGAUGCCUGGGUUGAUUUUUGGAAGCCUGCUGGAAUUCUAUUUAUGCCUCCUGAGAUCCCUGAGGUCGGGGAAGAGGGGUGUGGGUGGGUGUGGAUUCUCCAGUGGCUCAUAUAGGGUUGGGCAUGGGGUAUCAGUGGGCUGAUACCCCCCCCCCAACCCCAACCUGACCCAUCCGGAUGCCUGGGUUGAUUUUUGGAAGCCUGCUGGAAUCCCAUUUAUCCCUCCUGAGAUCCCUGAGGUCCAGGAGGGGGGGGGGGGGGGGCGGAAACCAUGCUGUGGAUUCUCCAGUGGCGCCUAUAGGAUUGUGCAUGGGAUGCUGAUGACCUGGACUCUCCAGACUUGGACCCUGACCCUCCUGGACCACUGGGUCCCUCACUGGAAUCCUGAGGAGACCCCCUUUGACCGCCCCCCCCAAACAUCCCUGAGGCUCAGGACUGGAGCACAGUGGGGAUUCUCCAGUGGCUUGUAUAGGCUUGCGCAUGGGUUUGUCGAUGACCUGGACCCUCCAGACCUGGACCCUGACCCACCCGGAUGCCUGGGUCCUUCUCCGGACCCCCAAGGGACCCCCAAGACCCUUUUUGCUGCCCCCCCCCCCCGCUGAAGUCCCUGAGACUCUGGACUGGAGAACAGUGUGGAUUCUCCAAUGGCUCAUAUAAGGUUGUGCAUGGGGGGGGGCGCUACCGAUACUGAGAGCACCCCCCCCCCCCCCCAGACCCCUGGGACCUCUUUUUACCUAUUUAUUUGUGGAGGGGUUUAACCCUGAUAUUCAGGGGGGGGCCCCCAAACCCCGAUCCCGUCCCCAGGAUUGCCCCCUGACAUGCGCCUGGGUCCCUCACCCAGCAUCAUCUCUGCCGUGCCCCAGUUUCACCCCAGGUGGGGCCAGGCAGGGGUUGGGGGACCCCCCCCCCCCAAAUUGGGGGACCCCCCCCGGGGAGUCCCCCACCCUGACG